ACUAGGUACCAAUCCGGCCGGCAUAACAUUUUUUGUAUUAAUAUUUAUAUUUUCAUUUCAAGUUUGUUAAAUUAUCUUGUUUGAAUAUUUGCUGACGAAUUUUCAUUUUAUUUCACGAUUUAAUGUAAAGUUCUAACAAUAUUUAGUUGGAAGAUAUGAUUGAGUGACUAGUUUGCUAAAAUUAACCAAUAAGAAGAAAAUUAUAAAAUAUCAUAUUGGUGUGAAGAUUUUUUAAAAUUCCAAAAAAAAUCUAUUUCAAAAAGGAAUUUACCUCUCCAAUGGCCGGUUUCCACACCGACUGAUUUCUCUGACAACCAGAAUGUCCUCCGAUUGGUCAACAACUGAUUCAACCUCUAUUAUUCCACCAAUAGCUGAUUCUCAGCCAAUCGGAGUACAGUGUGGAUAUCAUGUCAGCGAUAAAUAGGUGAGUGUGAAAACUGUUAUUCUCUGAAUCAGCUGUCAAGCUGACUCUUGUCAAAAACUUUUAAGUGCAAUAAUAACUUCUCAGCUGACCCAAGAUUAUUUUUGCUUUCACUGUUUAUAAAAUAAUAGCAAUAACAUUACAAGCAAGAGAUAGGUUAAUAUUCUUGAAAAUUUACCUCUGUAGAUCUCUCCAGAGCACAUUUUAGCCCACAUUUUUGUGAAAUGAACCAUCAACUAAAGGAAUUCUCAGAACUGCUUCGCAGAGGAGUUCCUCAGGUAUGUGACUCUGAAAUGGAAUGCUACGGUUAUACAACUUGUUGCGCAUUCAACAGUUAUGGCACACUAUUUGCUGUUGGCUGUAGAAGUGGGAAUAUAUUAAUAUGGGAUUAUCUUACCAGGAGUCUGGCUAAGAUAAUUCGUGUGUCAUUAUCUGCUGUAAUAGCCUUGAGCUGGUCACAAAACGGAAAAUACUUGGUAUGUGCAUCAUCUUCAUGUAGCAUUUUUGUAUUUGACGUUCUCCAUGCUACUUGUGAGAAAACUUACUCACUGCCAUCUCUUCCAAUAAAGGUUCAAUUCCACCCAAAACUGGAUAAUGUAUUUCUGGCAUGUCCAGUGAGGCAUUCAGCAGUUGUGGUCGACUUGAAACGAGGAUCCAGGACUAUACCUAGCUUUGACGCCAAUGACAGAGUCAUCGGCUCUUUUGAUGCUGAUGGAAGUCAUUUGUAUAUCGGAAAGUCGACUGGGAAAUUAUAUGUUUAUUCUUAUGCCGAUUUUACUCUGAAAGCAUCUUUCAAAGUCACUCAACAGGCUCUGAAAAGUAUCAGUUUUUCAAAAUGUGGAAGGUAUUAUAUUGUGAAUUCAGCUGACAGAAUUCUAAGAGUCUAUAGCAGCGAAGAAGUUCUAAUAUGUGGUGUGAAUGGAGAACCAGAACCUUUGCAGAAAUUACAAGAUAACGUUUGUAGGGCUGGUUGGAUAGGAUGCUGUUUUUCAGGAGAUGGAAAAUUUAUUUGCGCUGGUGCUCUCAACAAAAACGAAUUGUUCAUUUGGAAAAGAGAAUUGGGCAACUUGGUCGAAGUGCUUCGAUGGAGGAAUGGUAGAGGAUUUCAAGAUAUUGAUUGGCAUCCAACAGAUCCGUCGAUAAUUUGUCUAUCAAUUAGCUCAGUAACGCUUUGGAAGCCGAUUCCAAGUGAUAACUGGCCAGCCUUCAUUCCAGGCUUUAAAGAGUUGGAUGACAAUAUAGUAGAUGACGAGCGAGACCUUGAUUUUUAUAUCAGCAAUGGAAACAGAAAAGUAGUCAAGCAGAACAAAGACGAUGAAGAUGAUGAACUCCUAGAGGUUGAUGUGGUGACUGUAAGCCCCAACCGGACAAAUUCUGAAUUGCAGAAAAAUGCGCUACUUUACCUCCCUGCCUUUCCAGAACCGGGCGAAAAUGAUCAAGACUAAACAACUCCUAAAAUGCUUGAAACAUAUCUCACCUAGUAUUAUUUUUAUUCUCAGUAACUGUACAGUGUUCAGUGUUGAACAUAAAUGAAUUAUUAUUCAUUCUUGUGUUAAACAAACAGAAGUUGAAAGUUGAAUUGGCAGUGGUAAAACCAGCCUAGAAUAAUUCUUAUAUUAAAUAAUUAUUACGUUGAUAUUAAAGUGAUUAAAAAGUA